GCACAGACGAAGGGUUUCUCACUUAGCCUGAGAGUUUCCCGACUUGGCGAAUCGGUCAUGGAUCCCGCUCUCGAAAAAGGCUAUCUGGAAGCCCAAGAUGUCGUCGGGAGCUUGACCACGGAAGAAGCCUGGACUGCUGGAGGAGAGCAACGCAGUCGAGAACUUCUCGUUCGCUCCCUAGACGAUGUCCGGACGAAUGCGACGGCGUUGCCUCUGUUACAUAUCUUGCUAUACCUCUUGCUUCAAGCCACAUACCCAUCUAUAGCAUCCCUAGCGACUUUCUUCGCCAGCUUCGGCGAACACCCUCAUGUCCAAUACCUUCAAGAAGCAAUAAUCGAUGUGGUGACAUCUGUGGAGGAGCAAGAAACCGUACGGAAAGAAGAAGCUGCACGGCUCAGCUCUGAAAUCGGGAACGAGAUCGAAACGAACGCUUCAUCGGAAGGUGGUCUUUCGCGAUCACUGGAAUUGCUACGAGCGCUCAUAAUUGCCAAAUGGAUGAGCUCGGAGCAAGCUGCACACCUAUUACCCUCGACUUUGACGACCCUUCCAGCCCUUUCACUCCUGCCAGCGAACAGCUCCGCCGCAAAACACUCCGCCGCCGAGCGAAGAAAGCGGACGGCGAUCUUCUACAAACAGAAGAAGUACAAUGUUUCUCGGGAAGCUUCGGAAGGAUACACGGCGUUUUUGGUACUGCUCUCAGAUGACCGAUACCUCGGAAAAGGAGGAGAGGAUGAGGACGCUACAGAUCGAAAGCGGAGGGCGAAGGCUUUGUGGAAGGAAUGUCUGGCCGUUAUCGGAUGGUACGAUCUCAGUCCGCAGCGGAUCCUGGACCUCAUGCUGGAUGCUUUCUGCCAGAAAUUGGCUCUCCAUUGGCGAUUCUACAUCGACUUGUUGGAGUGCUCUCCCUGGUCGAGACGUAACCUCUGCUCAGCUAGAUCUGAUGGGGACGAAGAUAUAGAGGAGGGUGCGAUGGAGACGGAUGAACCCGCGGAAUCCAGGGGCAUGACCGAUUUCAAGGCCAGGUUGGGCGAGGAGACGGGCAACCGAGUUUUGACCCAGGUUCUCGGCUUCAAGUUCGCAAGUCAUCGAUAUGACGAUCGGGACCUGAAGGGUGUUGAGCAGGAUCCGACGGCGGCUUCUCAAGAGCUAUUCUAUGUGACUGCCAUCUUGAUCAAGCAAGGCCUGAUCCGGACCGUCGACAUCCUGAAUCACCUCACACCGGAUGACACGACCAUGGACUCGCUCGUCCGAGCGUACAAGAUCAAGACGCAGCAGGAUAUCCGGAAUCUCGGUGGAAAUGCCUUGGUUAUGGCUGCUGCGCUUCCAGACGAUGAUUCGCCAUCUGGAGCCGCUGCGAAAGCGUCAACAGAUGCUGAUAUUCCUAAACCGAGGAAAGAGAUUCCGGAACAGAAGAUUCAGCUCUGCGAGGCACUGCUCGCGAUCGGGCAGAUCUCGUCGGCCUUCUACAUCAUCUCGCGCUGGCCAAUCGUCGCACAGUAUUCGGAGCGUGUCGCUAUCCUCAUCAUGCGUAUCGUCCGGUAUGCACUGAAGCCAGCCUAUGACGUCGUAGAGGCUGCACGCAACGAAGGGAUGCCACCGCCGGGGUUAAACUAUCGGACACACUUUGCGUUUGGAGAGCCAGAAGUUGUCGACUCGCUAUACUGUCCGGAGCCUAUCGACACUGAAAGGCGACGUUUCCGAUUCUUCUUCCGAGGAUGGACUUCCCAAUUGGAGCGAUGGACCGACCCGGCCGAAGUCAUCAGCAAGGUCCAACCGUUGAUGAGCAUCGUCGGGGCGCGGGCGGCAAGCGAUGCUUCCGUUCUGAUAUGGCUCUGUCGGUUGGGAGUCUAUCAUACCACUCAAGAUACUUCCGAAUCUGUACGGUCGGCCUGGGUCAAUCUGGUCAGGACCAGCUUGCUACCGGCGAUGCCGCUACUCAACGCCAACUACGGAUACAACAACGAACUUUGGCCCCUACUGCGACCUCUUCCCUACCAAUUUCGUUACUCACUGUACGGGGAGUGGCAUAUCGCCAUGUCAGACAGCAAGGAUCGAUCCUAUAUCCCGGUAAUGGGAUUGGCGGCUGCAGCGAUCCAGAACACCACCAAGCAGACUCUGAAGCGAAUGACGAGCGAGCUCAAUCGGGCCCAUGCCCGGGCCAUCGGCAAAGGCAGCUAUUCGGCACCGACAGCUCUCUGGCAAGCUAUUCUGCCGCAGAUCAUGAGUUACGAGAACAUGAUUGAUACCGUGGUCGAAAGCGCAAGAUAUCUCAGUAACCUUGGUUGGGACGUAACAAUGUUCAUGUUGCUUGACGCCCUGUCAGACGAGAGCAAAGAGAGGGUCAAGAGCGAUGGGUUGACAGCCUCGGCCUGGUUGCAAGCCGUAUCCUCUUUCAUCGGUCGUUUGGCCAAGCGAUAUACGGCUAUGCCACUUGAGCCCCUCAUGCAACAGAUCGGCAACCAGUUGAAGAGGCAAAGCCUUGCGGAUUUAAUUACCCUGAAACAACUUAUCAGCAAGAUGUCUGGCAUCGAAGUCGCGCAGGAUCUGACCAAGGCCCAGGUCGCUUGCCUUGCUGGAGGUCCUUUGAUGCAGCGCGAAGCUAUCGAUCUCACCCAAAUCAGACAUCCACCCCCACCAACAGACGAUAAUGAGAGGAUGAGUCGAGGUCGACCGAAGAAGCCUCCGGUAUAUGACAAUUCUAGGCAUAGGUUGAUCCAGGCUUUGCAAAGUUCGGGUCUCAUCUUGCCGAUCUUGGUCGCAAUUGCGCAAGCUCGAGAGGCUUGUAUCUUUGUUGCAACUGAGAACCUAGGACAUACCAAGCAAUUGGGAUUGGCUUUUGACGACUGCAACAACGUCUUCAACCAAUAUCUUCGACUGCUUGUUGCAGGUUUGAACACGGACGAGCUUGUAGCCAUGCUGCCUUCUUUCAUCAGGUUGUACAAAGACUUUGGGGUGAGCUGGGACCUGGCGUAUCACAUUAUCCGUCCUCAAUUGCACAGGAGUAUCUAUCACGACCGCGAGGCAUACCUUCGCUUGCGCUUGGGUUGGAAGAAUCGAUCAGUUGACGCAGCCGAGACUCACCUUAUCACCUGGAAUGAAGAAGUCGUCCAGCCUCCGCUUCUGCCGCUGGUCGUGGACACUGCUAGAUGCGUCUCUGCCGAGCUUCAUGACAAUGGCCUGGAACCAUUCAUGGUCACUUUCUGGCAACUUGGUCUACCUGAACUCGCGGUUCCAGACAAAGCUUAUGCCAGAACCAUCUCGCGUCUUGAAGCUUCGAUGGCGAGACUGGAAACAUGGACCGCCCUGAGAUCUCUAACCGCGGAAUGGGUAGACGCUUAUCGCUCCAACAAGGUUGAGCUAGGUGCCCUAGUCGACAAAAUAAAGGCUGAACAGCGAGAUCAGGAGAAGCUUGUCGCCACUGCUGCUGCGCGGCUAGACUCGGAAAAGGAUCACUGGUUCCCUGAAAAACCCGCUAUCCGGGAAAAACGUUACCUGGCUGGAAUGUUGCAUGCCGCUUGCUUCUAUCCACGAGCCAUUCACAGCACAGUUGAUGCCUUGUUUGUCGCUCGCUUCGGUCAAUAUCUUCACGCUGCAAGAACGCCGAAUUUUUCGCUACUACUGUUCUAUGAAGAGUUCUUUCCAGAUAGUUUCGUUCCAUUUAUCUUCGCUUGCAGUGAAGCCGAGGUAGCCAAUUUAGGUCAAUGUAUGAUGACUAUGCUGGCGGAUCUGGACCGCUGGCAUGCUUCUCGCGAUGUAUAUGAAGCCGAAGCAUUGGGAGCGAAUCCGAACGAGAAUUUCGACGGUCUCUUCUACGGCAUGAGGCUGGAUGGUGCACGCCACCUCGACUGGGAAAUGUUCCGUAAUAUGUGCUACAAGUGGCACCGACGUUUGACCAAGGCUAUCAUCGCUUGUCUGGAGGCUGCCGAUUACCUUCACAUAAAAAACGGCUUGACGUUGGCCCAAAGGCUCAUUCCUGCUUUUCCUAAAGUCAAGAGGCUCUACGAUGACAUCAUCAAGUCGCUCGAUGACUUCAAGCUCAGGGAAAGGGCACGGGAGGAUCCUCGGGAGGACCUCUUGCUCGUUGUUCAGGCAUACACCUCGUUGCUCGAAGCUGCCAAGAGGGACAAAUCCAUCAAACUUGUUCUCACAAGCGACUAUUGCAUUCCGCCCGGGCAAGCCAACGCCAAGGUAGCUGCGCCUGUCCCGGAGGCCAACUCGAAGACCGAUGGUGAUACCGCACGACCGGCAUCGGGUAUACCCAAAACUGAACCGAUAUCGCAGGAAGCGCUUGCUGCUCCUAUGGCUGUCGAUGCUACGCCGGGUGUAUCUGCUGCAUCAACAGAGACGAUAACCAAAGAAGCGACAGAACAAGUGAUGACAACUAAGGCUGAGGAGGUUUCCGCCGAAUCGCCAACCGAUUCAGAUGCCAAACCGAUGGCGCCGAUUGCAUCAGCCUUGGACAUCCCCAACAACGCCACGGUAGCUCAAGCGCUGCAGCAACUCGAAGCCGAGCCGAUAUCCACAGCGGAAUCACAGCACGCAUUAGCUGUAACUGCUGCAGCUUCGCCCGCGGACCUCAAAACGUUACGCGAGCAGUUGACCUUGCGCAAAGCUCAGGGCAAGGCGAAAGCUGUCGCGUCGCCUGCAGCAGAAGAGAGCGCUAUUCCCGUCGUUCUUGCCGAAGACAAAUCAUCAAAGGACUCCAUGAGCAUGGAAGUCGACGGAGCCGUAGACAUUUCGGUCACACCACCUUCAUUACCAGUGGCGGAAGUACGCAAGAUAGAUACUUCAACUCCGGCCGAGCCAAUCUCGCGCCUAUCCUCUCGCAGGUCCUCUGUCACACCAUCCGACCUGCCCCGCGGUCCUCGUGCGGACUUGGAGCGUGAGGCGUCUAUAGCAGCGCGCAUCUCGUCACCAAUGGUGGGCAGAAGCCGCGAUACCAGUCCCGCCGCAAGGCCAAAGGCAGAGGAACUCUCGACCAGAUCUCGAGAGAUGCCGCCUCCACCAGCUCCUAGAGAGAUGCGCGAGAAGGAAAACAGCGAUCGUCAGACCCGACGGGAUAUUUCGCCUCAUCGCCCCUCUCGCAGCAGGAACGGCAGCGCAGACAGCAAGACCAGCAGAAUCAGCGCUUCUCGACGGGACGCCGAUCGACAGCGAAAGCCACUCGAUUCACGACGAGACGAGAGCGAUUCGCGUAUCCGUCAACCCGAAGAUUCACUUCGAGACAGGGUAAAGGAAUCAGACACGCGUCGCAGCGAUCGUGACAGAGAAAGAGAAAGAGAAAGAGAUAGGGAUAGGGAUAGGGACAGGGAUAGGGAGGCCGACAAACGUCGAGAUCGACCGAGAGAACGUGAUCAUGAUGCGCGAGGCAAGCCCAGAGAGAGGGUAAGGGACAAGGAAGACCGAGACCGCGGACGUGAUAAAGACAAGGAUCGAUCAGUAGAUUCCUCUCGAAAGGACUCAGAGCGAACUCGCGACCGGAGGGAUCAUGACAGGAUCGAUCGAGACCGAGGGGACGAUCGAUCCCGGAACGCACGCGAUCGUGACGACCGGAAAGGCGAUCGUGAUAGUCGACGCGAUCACCGAGACCGUGACCGUGAACGUAACCGUUCCCGUGAUUCUGAGCGUGGCUCCUCUAAAACAGCAUCAAGGGAGACCGCUUCAGAACGUGCCAGCGACCGCGCUCGAGGGGACCGAGAUCGGGAACGAGAACGAGAGCGCUCUCCGGUCCGAGCUGGACGUCGUGACAAGGAUCGGUCAGAGGAUAAUGUUCGCCCAAAGGAGGUGGAUGACCGCCAACGAGGAAGCAGGACCUCUCGCGUGGAUGAAGAUACUCGGGGCUCUACCCGUAGGGAUAUUCUGCCCGUAUCAGAGGUUGGCGGACGGGACCCAAGCGCCCAUCUGGACGCCCUGGCUAGUCGUUUCGACGACAACAGGAGAAGCCGCAUGUCAACGGUGGCUACCCCCAUGUCAGAUCAAAGUCCUAAGACAAACAAAGUCGCUGAGAACGGAUCGGCACGAGAGGAACCUCACCGUCCCCAUGAUGCUGGCAACAACGGCAACGCUACGCCCCGCUUAGCAGAGCGUAUGGGCCUGACCAGUCGCAACGACACCUCUGGCGAUGGGAGGGACAGGCAAUCUCGAUCGAUUCAGCCGGAAGCGGCAUUGAACAGGAAUGGGUCACAUGCCUCGGUGAUCGAAAGUUUGACCUUGCGCACCGAUCGAGAUCCGCCUCCUCAUUCCAGUAGUGAGCUCAGACACGCGAACAGGGACAGUGCUUCAACCCGAAGCCACACUCGCGAAAAGCCGACAGAAGAUCGAAAACAAAUCUCGGUUUCCAGCACGAGCACUCCUGUUAAAGCUUCACUGUCAUCACGUCUCGGAGUUAUCGUGGACGCAAAUCCAUCCGGGAGCCAGCCCGUCCCAGACACAUCCUCUCCUCAAGCCGUCGAUAGAUCCGCAAAGACAUCUGAGAUCUCGAGAUCGCCUGAUCGCAAGCGUACGCACGAAGAGAGCACAAAUGAAACACCUCAGGCAAAUUCUACGCCUACAAAUCCCAGUAAACGCCCAAGAAUCGAUCGGGCGGGCGCAAGAGAAAGAGGUGGAGCUCUGUCUAGACUCUCAGGAGGGUUCCUGAGCAAAAAGUAGCUAGACUGUAUAAUUUGUGAACGGCAUUGAGAUUCGGGUAGCAUAUCGCAUAGU